UGUUGUUGCGGCGCGAGAAAGUGAUCGAGAGCGCGAAAAAGUUGGCCAGAAUUUCUUGCUGCUAAUAAACAACUAAUAAAAGUAACUGGAAAAAUGGUGCUACCGCUUCUGCAGCGUUCCUCGCUCCGCUCUGUGCAACAGUUGGCCAAACCUUGGGCCGCGUCCGCCGGCAGCCAGCGUCUGGCCUCCCAGGAUUUCCGCGUGGAAAGCGACACCUUUGGCGAGCUGAAGGUGCCCGCGGACAAGUACUAUGGCGCCCAGACGAUGCGCUCCCAGAUCAACUUUCCCAUUGGUGGGGCCACCGAGCGGAUGCCAAAACCCGUGGUCCAGGCUAUGGGCAUACUGAAGAAGGCCGCCGCCGAGGUGAACAAGGAGUUCGGCCUGGACACCAAGGUGAGCGAAGCCAUCUCCAAGGCAGCCGAUGAUGUGAUCUCCGGCAAGCUGUACGAUGAUCAUUUCCCGCUGGUCAUCUGGCAGACGGGCUCCGGCACCCAGAGCAACAUGAAUGUGAACGAGGUGAUUAGCAAUCGCGCCAUUGAGCUGCUGGGUGGCACUCUGGGCUCCAAGACGCCAGUUCAUCCGAACGACCAUGUCAACAAGUCGCAGAGCUCCAAUGACACCUUCCCCACCGCCAUCCACAUUUCGGUGGCCCUGGAGCUGAACAAUAACCUCAAGCCGGCCAUCAAGACGCUGCACGAUGCUCUGAAGGCCAAGUCGGAGGAGUUUAAGGACAUCAUCAAGAUCGGUCGCACACACACCAUGGACGCCGUACCUUUGACCCUGGGCCAGGAGUUCAGCGGCUAUGCCCAGCAGCUGGCCUAUGCCCAGGAGCGCAUUGAUGCCUGCCUGCCGCGCGUCUACGAGCUGGCCCUGGGUGGCACUGCCGUGGGCACUGGUCUGAAUACCCGCAAGGGUUUCGCCGAGAAGUGCGCCGCCAAGAUUGCCCAACUCACCAACCUGCCCUUCGUGACGGCGCCUAACAAGUUCGAGGCGCUGGCCGCCCGCGACGCCAUGGUGGAGGUUCAUGGCGUCCUCAACACUAUCGCCGUCAGUCUGAUGAAGAUUGCCAACGAUAUCCGAUUUCUGGGCUCGGGUCCGCGUUGCGGCCUCGGCGAGUUGUCGCUGCCGGAAAACGAGCCCGGUAGCUCCAUUAUGCCCGGCAAGGUGAACCCCACUCAGUGCGAAUCGCUGACCAUGCUGUCUGCUCAGGUGAUGGGCAACCAAGUGGCGGUGACCAUUGGCGGCUCCAACGGCCACUUUGAGCUGAACGUCUUCAAGCCACUGAUUGUGUCCAAUGUGCUGCGCUCCAUCCGACUGCUGUCCGAUGGCAGCCGCACCUUCACUGCCAACUGCGUGAACGGCAUCCAGGCGAACCGCGAGAACAUUGCCAAGAUCAUGAACGAAUCCCUCAUGUUGGUGACGGCCCUUAAUCCUCAUAUUGGCUACGACAAGGCCGCCAAGAUCGCGAAGACGGCGCACAAGAAUGGAACGACCCUCAAGGAGGAAGCCAUCAACCUGGGCUACCUCACUGAGCAGCAGUUCAACGAGUGGGUGCGCCCCGAGCAGAUGCUGGGACCCAAGUAGGCCCUACGAAGUAGGACUACAUUGUCGCCUCACACACUGUAUCGGACUCACACACACACUCUGACCCACAACAACUGAAUAAAACUGA